ACACACACACACACACACACACACACACACACACACACACACACCCUACCCUUUUUUAGCAUAGGGGGUCGCGGUCGCGUUUGCUUUGGGGCAGAGAGACAGUUGCUUACAGACACACACCGUGUUGAUCUCAAACCAGGAUUUACUUCAGUGUUCCUCUUCAUCAACUACUGUCAAGGAAUAGGCCUAUACUGGGAUUUGGAUUGCGUCUUUCCGGAGAGGUCCUUUCAGUCUCGCCACUCCAGAUCCCAUGACGAGGGACUCGGUGUUGACCGCGCCGUCACUUGGAUGACGUGUUUUGGAAGCCCAGCGUGUGCGUGUGUCUGUGUGUCUGUGUGCGUGUGUGUGUUUGGUUGUCUGCCUGUAUGAGCGGGUGUAGAGAGUGUGAGAAUGCAAUAGCACAGUAAAGACUUUUCGGAGGCGCCCAACGGAAGGAAACAGACGCGCAACCAAGUGGACACACACACUUAUACACGCGCACACAUAUAGGCCUACGCACGGCGGAGGAGCCAUGUCUCGACCUCCCUCCACCCACACCACUCCCCAGUCUUACCGCAUCAGUGACAGAGACCUGACAGAGAUCCAGCUCCACUCUGUGGACUCCAUCAAUGACCUGCACCGCAUGCACCCCGAGCACGGCCACAGAGGCAUACGACCGCCUCUCUCGCCCGCCCACAGCCCGUCGUCCAAUGGAAACCCCUGUUUCCCCGGCAGGACGGACGUCAAUGAACUAGGCCAGCCAAUCAGCGCUAAACUGCAGAAACACUUGGGGGAGACGUGGGGCUCCGGUUCGUCGAGGGUCUACAUCGCGGCCUGUGGACUCAUCGCGUUCCUACUGCUCAUGCUGUUCGUCACCGUCUACUUCCUGGUCCAACAGGGCGGCGCUAUGCGGACGCUCACAGAGGCCGUGAGGGAGAAACAGGACGUUUCCAUGGAGAUAUCCAAGCUGAUUCAGGAGCUACAGGCCCUGAGGCACAACCUGACAGCUCUGAGGGACAGGCCUUGAAGACACACGAGCACACGAAUGGCUCUACAAGAGAGACUGAACCUCCCAUCGGCCCUGCUAGAUUGACAGUUGAUCGCUUCACUUUUAUUUAUCCGUCUGUGAUUUGGGGGAAAAAAGAGACGUCCAAAUCUUUUUUGCAAACACGUGUGAUUAUUUAUUCAGAGCUGAGACUUGGCAGUGGCAUAUUAAGACAGAUUUUCUUCACAGUCUGGACACUGGCCCAACUCUUUCCAUGAUGUGAAAGAGCCUUUGGAAAUUGAAAUUAAGAGCAACUUGAUAGCACGCAUGGCACUGAAGACUUACAAUCUGCACAGAAGGCUUUUUGUUUUGAGAAUACAAUCAAUGCUGCAUAUGAGUUAGUUAUGAUAAGGAAAAUAAACCGUAGUAUGUUAAAUAAGUCUUAUAUUCUAGUUCCAGUGAUAUCAAUGUCAUAUAAAUGUAAUGGUGUAAUGGUGGCCUACGUACCUAUCCAUCUAUUCAGCAUUCUUACAGUUUCAAAGCCAAGGCACUUUUACAAUUAAGUAAAAUAAAGUUGAAGGUGACAUAUUAUACCACCAGGUGUCAGUGUGAAUAGCCGUUACA